AUCGUUAGCGUGCAAAGUAUCACAAUUCCAAACGUACAAGAAUGAAUUUCAGCCUUUACAAAGUGUAGUAGAAUCGUGGCAUCAUAUGACAUUUCGAUUUGCACGUAUAUAUCCACUUUGAACGGACAUAUGAGACGAGAAUUAUUACUAUUACUCACGAGCAAGGACUUUGCUACAAUAAAACAGUUUCGAACGGUGCUGAAAAGCGAUAAAACGUGAACCAAAAUGUCUUUGAUUGCCCGAUCACUUUGUCGUACUCUAAACCAGGCAUCACGCGGAAUUCAUUCGACAGCAUGUGUUCAGCAGGUCGCAAAACCAGAAAAGCGCAUUAAAUGCACUUUGAUUCCGGGUGAUGGUGUUGGUCCUGAGCUGGUCUACUCCGUGCAGGAAGUUUUCAAAGCUGCAAACGUUCCUGUAGACUUUGAAACGUUUUUCUUCUCCGAAAUUAAUCCAGUGCUGAGCUCGAAACUUGAAGAUGUAAGGGCAUCCAUUCAAAAAAAUAAGAUUUGUCUUAAGGGUAUUUUGGCCACUCCAGACUACAGUCGAACUGGUGAGCUACAAACAUUGAACAUGAAAUUGCGUAAUGAAUUGGAUUUAUUCGCAAAUGUGGUGCAUGUUCGUAGUUUACCCGGUGUUAAAACUCGUCAUAAUAAUAUUGAUUGUGUUAUUAUUCGAGAACAAACCGAAGGCGAAUAUUCGGCGUUAGAGCAUGAAUCAGUCGAUGGUGUUGUUGAGUGUUUAAAAAUUAUUACCGCCAAAAAAUCAAUGCGCAUUGCAAAAUUCGCCUUUGAUUAUGCCACCAAAAAUAAUCGUAAGAAGGUUACUUGUGUGCACAAAGCCAACAUCAUGAAGCUCGGCGAUGGUUUAUUCUUACGAAGCUGUGAAGAGAUCUCGAAAUUGUAUCCACGUAUCCAAUUCGAGAAGAUGAUUGUUGACAAUACAACUAUGCAACUUGUAUCAAAUCCACAUCAGUUCGAUGUUAUGGUUACACCAAAUUUAUACGGUAGCAUCGUCGAUAAUAUUGCUUGCGGUUUGGUUGGUGGUGCUGGUGUUGUAGCCGGUGCAUCAUAUUCGGCUGAAACCUGUGUCUUUGAACCGGGUGCGCGCCACACUUUCUCAGAAGCGGUUGGUAAAAAUGUUGCCAAUCCAACUGCCAUGCUGUUGUGCAGCACAAAAUUGUUGCGCCAUGUAAAUUUGCACAGUUAUAGCGAUAUGAUUACGAACGCAAUCAAUCGUGUAUUGAAAGCUGGCAAAGUUCGAACCAAAGAUCUUGGUGGACAAAAUACAACCAAUGAGUUCACUUUGGCUGUCAUUGCGAAUCUUAAAUAAGUUACAACUGAUGUAUCCUGUGUGAUGUAAAUGCAAAAUUUAUCCGUUCGUAUACACACUCUCUCUAUCUCUAACCGUCACCUUCUCCCCCACCACACCCACAUCCUUGAAAUAAAUUAUAUCCAUAUCCUUUCUCCUAUAUAUCAAUUAACCCAUCUUUUCCAAUAAUGCAUGCAUACAGCUCGAGAGUCUCCUUUGAUUACCCAUUUUAUGUUUUUUUUUCGGCCAAAAGUUACCAGCCGACGGCAAAAUGAGAACUUAAUACAAACUAUUUGUUUUGGCUGUUUCAAUUUUCAAGCUUGUGAAUAUAAAUUCAUAUUUAUUUAAAUGAUCUAGACAAUAUGAAAAAAA